CUUUAAUUCAAAUUGAGGGUUCUUGGAGAUUUUCAGGGUAUCGAAGACAAUGGUUUAUUAACUCAAUAAUGUUCCUGUGAAUUGGUCAAUAUUGCCGAUGAAGACUUGAAACGAGAGAUUUUUGUCUUUUUCAAUUUUAUUUUUUUAAAAAUCAAAUUUAGGGUUCUUGUAGAUUUAUAGGGUAUUCAAGACAAUGAAGGCUAUGGAGACUUUGCAAGAUCUGAUCGAAGAAGCUAAAGUUCGAACGGUUUGGUGGGUUCUGUGUAUAUUCGUUAUCUCUUACUUCUUAUCACACACAAGUAAAUCAAUGUGGAUGAAUGUUCCAGUAACACUUCUAUUGGUCUCUGGAUUUCGAAUUUUAUUUAAUGAGGUGGAGUUCACUUGGAAGGUUCGAAAUGUCCGCCGACAGACAUAUUUGUCACACUUAGAAAAGAAGCAAUUGUCUGUGAAUGAUUCUCGUCUGUCUACCUCACCGCCACCGCCUAAAUGGAAGAGAAAAAUUGAUUCUCCUUUAGUAGAGGCUGCAAUGGAGGACUUUAUUAACAAGCUUUUGCAAGAUUUCGUUGUAGAUUUGUGGUAUUCAGAUAUCACGCCCGACAAGGAGGCCCCCGAGUUGAUACAUGCAAUAAUCAUGGAUGUUCUUGGUGAAAUUUCUGCAAGAGGCAAAGAAAUAAACCUUGUUGACUUGCUUACAAGGGAUAUGGUAGACCUAAUAGGGGAUCACUUAGACCUUUUCAGAAGAAAUCAAACUGCUAUUGGGGUGGACGUUAUGGGAACAUUAUCUUCUGAAGAGAGGGAUGAAAGGUUAAAAUACCAUCUCAUGGCUUCUAAGGAGCUUCACCCUGCGCUGAUAUCUCCCGAGUGUGAGUACAAGGUUCUUCAGCGGCUCAUGGGUGGAGUCUUAGCAAUAGUAAUGAGACCACGGGAAGCCCAGUGCCCCCUUGUUCGAUGCAUUGCCCGAGAACUUUUAACCUGUUUGGUGAUGCAACCUAUUAUGAAUUUUGCUAGUCCCGGGUAUAUUAAUGAGUUGAUUGAAUAUAUUUUUCUUGCUAACCAAGAUGGGGAGGUUAAAGAGUCUGAAGGCAAUCAGUCGCCAUAUAUGGAGGGUCACAUCCAUGAUCAUGCCGUUGCUGCAGACCGUUUACAAAGUGGUGAAUCUACUUUGGGAAAUAGUGCGCCUUCUUAUAAUCAAGGGACCGAUAUGACGGUGUCUAGACCUGACAAUCAAAGAGAAGUAUCCCUAGAUGCUUCUGGAAAGUCCUCUAACACAAAUCAAGAUGAGUUCAUGCAGGGGCGGCCUGCUGACUGGGCUCUAAUCCUUGAGGCAGCUACCCAGAGAAGAACAGAAGUUCUUAUGCCUGAAAACCUUGACAACAUGUGGACCAAAGGAAGAAAUUAUAAGAAGAAGCUUCAGAAGAAUGCUAUUGUAGGACUUCAGGUUCCUGUACCAAAGGGUUCAACAAACAGUGGCAUGACUACAAAAGCUUUGGGGAAGGACAUAUCAACACAGAAGCCUGAAAGUUCUUAUUCUACCGUGGUGGAAGAUAAAGAUUUAGUGCAGUUGCCACCAAUGCCUCAUCCACUAAGUGAUCGAGACACUAAUGCAAUACAUUUGUCUCAGGAUUUGAACAAGGAAUUAUCUUUUGGUGGAGUCUGUCUUGUUGAUGAUUUGGAGGAUACUACUGCUGUUGUUUCUAGUGGGAACAAAAGUAGGCUUAAAAGAUCUAAUAGCACUUCUGAUUUAAAAGUUCAACCAACAUUUGAAGAUGCAUUUACGAGCAAGGUUGGUGGAUCCAUUAUAUCGGAGUUCUACAGCCCUGAUUUUGGUAGUCGUAGUGAAGUACAGAAGAUUAAGAGUGCUUCAGACAUGGUUCUACUGGGUGAGGGAUCACAUGUUCAAAAGCUUAAGUGCCGGGUUAUAGGAGCAUAUUUUGAGAAACUUGGGUCAAAAUCUUUUGCAGUCUAUUCAAUUGCAGUGACAGAUACUGACAAGAGCACUUGGUUUGUGAAAAGAAGAUACAGGAAUUUUGAGAGAUUGCAUCGACAUCUUAAGGACAUUCCUAAUUAUACAUUACAUUUGCCUCCAAAGAGGAUAUUCUCGUCGAGCACAGAGGAUGCUUUUGUUCAUCAGCGCUGCAUUCAGCUUGAUAAGUAUCUGCAAGAUCUCUUGUCAAUAGCUAACGUUGCUGAGCAGCAUGAAGUGUGGGAUUUUUUGAGUGUUUCCUCUAAGAAUUACUCGUUUGGAAAAUCUUCUUCAGUGAUGAGAACUCUGGCAGUAAAUGUGGAUGAUGCUAUGGAUGAUAUUGUACGCCAGUUCAAAGGGGUUUCAGAUGGCUUAAUGCGGAAAGUUGUUGGCCCAUCUUCCAGUUAUGAACCUGCUUUUUCAGUUCCAGGCCAGAACUUGUCCUGGAAUUCAGAUGACAUAAACAAACUGGUUCUAAGGCGAACUACCACAGAGUCAGCUAAUAGUUUUUCAGAUAAUGACAAUGGUGAUAAAGAUGGAAGCCAUGGCCAUGAGGACAUAGGAUCCAGUGCUCAAGCCACUGGAUGGCAUUCAGACAAUGAAUUAAACUUGAAGGGGUUCCCUCCGCGAGUUAUCAAACGUGAGUUCACAAGCUUAGAUUCUGGGAAGAAACAUGGUUCAGGGGUGCAAUCUAUAUCAGUUAAUGUUGGUGGAUAUCCUGUGGCAAAUUUUCCAUCAAGGUUUGAUCAGCUAGAGGAUCCAAUGGGAGUGCCACCAGAGUGGACACCACCUAAUUUAAGCGUACCUGUGUUGAAUCUAGUGGAUAACAUAUUUCAACUUAAGAGAAGAGGCUGGCUAAGCUCUAGCAUUCAACCACCAUUUGUCAUCCUUUAG